AUGGUUGACCAAAAGCUGCCCGAGGUCGACCUCGCGACCCGGAUGCAGGUCGACGAGUCCGUCGUCGGACACACCGAGAUCGACGAGUCCCUCUACAGCCGGCAGCUCUAUGUUUUGGGCCACGAGGCCAUGAAGCGCAUGGGCGCUUCGAAUGUGCUCAUUGUCGGUCUGAAGGGUCUCGGUGUCGAGGUCGCCAAGAACAUCGCCUUGGCGGGUGUCAAGAGUCUCACCCUCUACGACCCCGCUCCAGUUCAACUCGCCGACCUCUCCUCUCAGUUCUUCCUCACUCCCAGCGACGUCGGCAAGCCCAGAGACGAGGUCACCGUGCCCCGCGUUGCCGAGCUGAACGCCUACACCCCCGUCAAGGUCCACCAGUCUCCCGGCCUGGACGAUAACUUCUCCCAGUUCGACAAGUACCAGGUCGUCGUCCUAACCAACGUUCCUAUCCACCACCAGAAGGCCAUCGGCGAUUACUGCCACAGCAAGGGCAUCUAUGUCGUUAUUGCCGACACCUUUGGUCUCUUCGGUUCCAUUUUCUGCGAUUUUGGCGAUAAGUUCACUGUCAUCGACCCUACUGGCGAGACUCCUCUUAGCGGUAUCGUUGCUGGAGUCGAUGAGGAGGGCUUGGUCUCUGCUUUGGACGAGACCCGACACGGUCUGGAAGAUGGCGACUACGUGACAUUCUCCGAGAUUGAAGGCAUGGAGGCUUUGAACGGCUGUGAGCCCCGCAAGAUUACCGUCAAGGGCCCUUACACCUUCUCGAUCGGCGACGUGUCCGGGCUCGGCCAGUAUAAGCGGGGUGGCAUGUACCAGCAGGUCAAGAUGCCUAAGAUCAUCAACUUUAAGAGUUUCACGAAUGCCCUGAAGGAGCCCGAGUUCCUCAUCUCCGACUUUGCCAAGUUUGACCGCCCUCAACAGCUGCACCUUGGUUUCCAGGCUCUGCAUGCCUUCCAGGUCUCGAAGGGGCGACUCCCCAACCCCAUGGACGACGACGACGCGACCAUUGUGUUGGGUGCCGCCAAGAAGUUUGCUGAGGAGGAGGGUCUGGAGCUUGAGCUGGACGAGAAGCUGCUGAAGGAGCUGAGCUACCAGGCUCUGGGUGAUCUCAACCCCAUGGCUGCUUACUUUGGUGGCAUUACGGCUCAGGAGAUCCUGAAGGCUGUUUCUGGCAAGUUCCAGCCCAUCAACCAGUGGAUGUACUUUGAUUCUCUCGAGUCCCUGCCCACAAGCACUAAGCGUUCCCCCGAGCUUUGCAAGCCUAUUGGUAGCCGUUACGAUGGUCAGAUCGCUGUCUUUGGAACCGAGUACCAGAACAAGAUCGCGAAUCUGAAGCAAUUCCUUGUCGGAGCUGGUGCUAUCGGAUGCGAGAUGCUCAAGAACUGGGCUAUGAUCGGUCUUGGAACGGGCCCUGAGGGCAAGAUCUGGGUGACUGACAUGGACUCGAUUGAGAGGAGCAAUUUGAACCGACAGUUCCUCUUCCGUGCCGACGAUGUUGGCCACAUGAAGAGUGACUGCGCUGCCAAGGCAGUUCAGCGCAUGAACCCCGACCUCGAAGGCCACAUUGUGACGCUCAAGGAACGCGUUAGCCCCGAUACCGAAAGCGUUUUCAAUGAAGAGUUCUGGCGCAACCUUGACGGCGUUACCAAUGCUCUCGACAACGUGGAGGCGCGAACAUAUGUGGAUCGACGAUGUGUCUUCUUCCAGAAGCCCCUUCUCGAGAGUGGAACUCUUGGAACCAAGGGUAACACACAGGUUGUCCUUCCUCACCUUACCGAAUCCUACUCUUCCUCGCAGGAUCCCCCUGAGAAGGAAUUCCCUAUGUGCACUAUCCGAUCCUUCCCCAACCGCAUUGAGCACACCAUCGCAUGGUCCAAGGAGUACAUGUUUGAGAAGCUCUUUGUCAAGGCUCCCCAGACUGUCAACCUUUACUUGACCCAACCCAACUUCUUGGAGUCUACUCUGAAGCAGGGUGGCAACCAGAAGGAGACACUCGAGACGAUCCGCAACUACCUCACGACCGAGCGGCCACGAACUUUCGAGGACUGUAUCGCCUGGGCUCGUCGACUCUUUGAGACCGAGUUCGCCAACAAGAUUCAGCAACUUCUGUACAACUUCCCCAAGGACUCCGAGACAUCGUCUGGAACACCCUUCUGGUCUGGUCCCAAGCGUGCUCCGGAUGCGCUCAAGUUUGAUCCCAACAACCCGACACACUUUGGGUUCAUCGUGGCCGCUGCCAACCUCCACGCCUUCAACUACGACAUCAAGUCGCCUGGAACUGACAGGUCCAUCUACCUCCGGGAACUGGACAACGUCAUUGUGCCCGAUUUCACCCCCGACUCGAGCGUGAAGAUUCAGGCGGAUGAUAAGGAGCCCGAGCCCGAACCGGAGGCAAGCAGCUUCGACGACAACGAUGAGCUGGAUAAGCUGACGGCUAGCCUGCCCGCACCCAACACCCUGUCCGGCUUCCAGCUGGUGCCUGUGGAUUUUGAGAAGGACGACGACUCGAACCACCACAUCGACUUCAUUACUGCUUGCAGUAACUUGAGAGCGGAGAACUACAAGAUCGAGCCCGCUGAUCGCCACAAGACGAAGUUCAUUGCUGGCAAGAUCAUUCCCGCCAUUGCCACUACAACGGCCCUGGUCACCGGCCUGGUGGUCCUGGAGCUGUUCAAGAUCAUUGAUGGCAAGGAUGAUAUCGAGCAGUACAAGAACGGUUUCAUCAACCUGGCUCUGCCCUUCUUUGGCUUCAGUGAGCCCAUCGCCAGUCCCAAGGUGGUGUACAAGGGACCUGAGGGUGACGUGACACUGGACAAGAUUUGGGAUCGAUUCGAGAUUGAGGACAUUACUCUGAGGGAGCUUUUGGAUACCUUCAAGGAGAAGGGACUAAGCAUCAGCAUGCUCAGCUCAGGAGUCAGCCUUCUAUAUGCCUCCUUCUUCCCUCCCGCCAAGUUGAAGGAGCGAUAUGAGAUGAAACUGAGCAAGCUUGUUGAGACGAUCUCGAAGAAGCCUAUCCCUGAACACCAGAAGGAGGUCAUCUUUGAGAUUGUAGCGGAGGAUCUUGCCGAGGAGGACGUGGAGGUCCCCUACAUCAAGGUCAAGAUUGCAUAA